AUGCCGAAGAAGAGCAAGUUACUAGCUGCCCUGGAUGCCCACCGAGGGCGGGACUACCAGGCAGAAAAAAGAAAGGCACAAGUGAAAGCGGCCGAGAAGCGGAAAAGACAAAAGCUGGAGACGGCGAGACAAGAAGACGACGAUGGAGAGGAGGUGACGAAUGGGGAAGCCAAAGACGGAAGCCAUCAAACACCUCAGAAUGACGAUUUCGCCGGAUUUGCAGAAGAGGACAACGGCGUGGACAGCAAAGCAGACGCAAGGGAUCAAAAUGGGGCUGCCGUCAAUGCAAUCGACAACGGUGACACCGCCGCUCCCACGAUCCCGCAACCAGCCCAGCCCGUCGACGCCUCUGCCUCGGAAGCAGAAAAUGAAUCCGACGUGCCCAUCUCCGACCUCGAAGACUCAGACCUGGAGGACACGAUCCCGUACCAAAAGAUGACCAUCAACAACGGCCCCGCCCUGCUCGCGGCUUGCAACCGUAUCUCGAUCAUCAAACACCCCAAAUCCACACCCUUCCACCACCACAACUCCCUGAUCUCAGAUCUUCCUCCCACCUCACAGUCGGUGCCAGACCCCAACGACGACCUCACACGCGAACUUGAAUUCUAUCGCAUCGCCCGCACGGCCGUCGUCACCGCGCGAGACCUGCUCCUCUCGGAGAAGAUCCCUUUCACCCGUCCCGCCGACUACUUUGCGGAAAUGGUCAAGAGCGACGAACACAUGGGCCGCGUCAAGCAGAAGAUGUACGACGAGGCGGCCAACAAGAGAGCAGCAGAGGAGGCUCGCAAACUCAGGGACGCCAAGAAGUUCGGCAAGGCGGUCCAGGUCGCCAAGGAGCAGGAGAGGGCGAGGGAGAAGAGAAACACGCUCGACAAGAUCAAGGAGUUGAAAAGGAAACGCAAGGGCACCGACACGGGCAAAGUGACCGAGGGCAACCUAGACGACGAACUCUUCCAGAACAUCGACGUGGAAAACCCCGCUGCGAAAGAUCGGUCGGGCCGAGAUCGGGGUGCUCUCGGCGGCACUGGCCCCAGCCCAAAGAGACAGAGGCGCGACCAGAAAUAUGGCUUUGGUGGUAAGAAACGCCAUGCGAAAAGCGGCGAUGCAAUCAGCAGUGGCGAUAUGCGCGGAUUCUCAGCAAGCAGGAUGAAAGGCAAGGGCGGAAAGCUAAAGGCAAAGAGGCCCGGGAAGAGCAAGAGGAUGGCUACUCGGUGA